AUGCCGAGACUCCACACUCUCAACAUCCACGGUGGUGACAAUCGGGAUUUCCACACAGAUUUCGACGAUUUCCCCGAAGACAAUUUCUUUUGCGAUGCCACGACCUGCCCUCUCAUCGCCAAUCUGCGACCCUCCCGUCUCGUCCUCUACUCCUCGGCAGGCUGCUCCGGCGGGCUUUUCUGGUCAUCGCCCAUGCACCCAUUCCCUCCGCCCUGGAUUCGAGAGCUGACGGUCCACUUCCGGGUGCACCCAGUUGUUCAUACUCUCCGGCCGCCAUUCUACGAAUCUCUUCGUUCUGUCCCGCGCGGCAUAGAGAGGCUCCGCCUUGUCCUAGAGGUCGAGGAGAGGGACUGGGCGGAACACCCGUACGUCUCCGGAAACACGGAGAUGUUCUGGGACAGGCUCGCGGGGAAUGCGCAGAGGGUGGAGUAUAUCGGCGCGGAGAAUAUCCAGGCGAGAGGCACAAAUACCCCGUCCACGACCAAGAUCACGCCCGAGGAUAUUGCGCAGGAGAUCAGGGAGGCGGUCACGAAGCAGCUGAGGCAGAAGGGAUGGACAGAAGCGAAGGCUGAGGCGCGGGCAGAGGAAAUUAUCUUUACCACCAAGGAGGAGUACGAGAAGCGCCAGCGGCAGUAG